UUGGAAGUUCUGGGUUCACAGGCAAAUUUAAGAAAUAAGGCCCUUGCGUUUUUUGCAUUUGGAAAAGGCAAAACAAGGAUUUUUCAGAUCCCCAUCACCACAACACAGACAGCAUUUAUGUGUUUGGAAAACGGAGAAGAUGUCAGCAAUGGAGAUCACUCCCAGGAUGUACUAACUCAGCCAGCUGACACCAGCAUUUCUUCCUUCAGACAAUUUGAACCCAUUCUCAAAUUUCAUGGGACAAAAGCAUUUAAUGAUGAAACAAUAACAUUUCAAAGCCUGACAGGUGGCUUACCUUAUACAGAGAAGACAGAAUUGGAAAGUCAUGUAUAUAAUUAUGCAAAAGACAACGAUAUAAAGGAAGAUUCAUUUAAGGAAGAAAAUCCAGUGGGAAAUAGCAUUUCCACAAAUAAAGACUGACUUGCUCAUGAAUGUGUCAGGCAGCCUCUGAGAAGCCUGCCUCUAAUCUGCUGCAGUGGAGAGACACUGCAAUUCGCGGAAAUGUCACUGGCUAAAAAUACUGCUGAGGAAUCUGCCCUCAACUUGAGUGAACCUCACAGCCGCCUGUGUAAGGAAUGUGUACACAGUGAUGUUGAAAACCCAUUUUAUACAGACAAAAACUUUAACCUGCUUGAUCUGAGAGCUAAUUAUAGAACAAAGGAGAUUACAGUUUCUUCAAAAGGAAUACAGAAUUCUGGGGAGAUGUCAGGCAGUCACCAAAAGGAAGUCACAGUGGAUGGCAUGGAGACUUCAGGCAUUGCCACAGCUUGUUUUUCUGAAGACAUUUUUUCGAGUGGUGGAGCCUCCCAGGAGGAUUGCAAGACACCUGACAUAGAGCAAAGCUUGGAAAGCUUACAACCUCUGGAGAAGGAUAUGGUUUUAAAUGAAGUCUUGUGGAAAUUAAAACAUGCUAACAAAAAGCAGCAAACUCUGAUCCAGAAGCUGCAGUGCAGUAACAUUUAUUUAAAGAAGAGGGUUGAGGAACUCCAGAUGAAGCCUACCAGACAGCAAGUGUUCGUUGACAUCCUAAACAAGCUACAGGAGACUGCCGAGGCAUUAAUUGAAGACAAAUACCGAGUAAUGCUGGAGAAGAAUGAUGCUGACAAGACCUUGCAGAAUUUGCAUGACAUUUUAACUGACACCCAAAAGCAUCUUCAGAAGUCUAGGAAUGAAAAGGAGACCUUACAAGCAGAGCUUAAGAGGAUCAAGAGCAAUUAUGUUUGUUUACAGGAAGGGUUCAUAACUGAAAUGAAACAAAAAAAUACAGCUGUGAGUCAGUGCAUAGAGAUGGGCAAAGCCUUAAGCAAGAAAGAAGAAGAGGUAGAGAGGCUGCAGCAACUCCAAGGAGAAUUGGAAAAGGUCAACACUUCUGCUUUGAACUUGUUGAAAAGGGAAAAAGAAGCCCAAGAGCAAGAGUUCCAGUCUUUACAGGAAGAAUUUCAGAAACGUGAAAAUGAAAACCUGGAAGAAAGACAGAAACUGAAAUCUAGACUUGAGCAAUUGGUAGCACAAGUAGAAAAUUUGCAAUUCACAUCUGAAAGUGAAAGGGCUCAGAAUACACAACUUCAGCAGCAGAUCAUUGAAGCAAAGAAUGAAAAUGCAAAACUUCAGCAGCAGGUUGCCAGGAGUGAGGAGCAAAAUUAUGUCCCGAAAUUUGAGAUAGCUCCGUUAAAGGAGCACUUAGAGGAAGUAAUGGAGUCAGCUAUCACAAAGGAUGCAAAGAUGAUACAUUCUAAUUUGUUCCUGAAUUGUUCACCUUGUGAAGGAGAGAACCUGAAUCCCCUAAAUGUGAAAAAUUCUCAGCUGGCCUCCAAAAUCUACAAUCUUCUGGCUCUGACAGUAGGACUUCUCACAUGCCAGGGUACCAACAGUCCUGAUGCUGAACAUUUCAAAGAGAGUGAGAAAGUGAGUGACACAGUGAUACAAAAGUUGAAGAGCUUCUAUCUUAAAAGGAAAAAUUUAGAUGAAGAGCUACUGAAACAUAAAGACAGAAUCACAGUGUUUAAAGAGAUAAUUGCUAAUGAAAAAGCAUUUCAAGAUCAGGUUACGGAGGUUACAGACUUGGAUUCAAAUGAAGCCAAAACUGUCAGAGAUGUACCACUCUUAUUGGGAGCCAAACUGGAUAAGUACCACAGUCUAAAUGAAAAGCUUGAUUUCUUGAUUGCAAAAUUGGGAAAUCUUCUAGAGUCAAAAGAAGACCACUGCAACAGACUCGUUGAAGAAAAUGACAAGUAUCAAAAACAUUUAGGCAACUUAAUAAAUAAGGUUACAUCAUAUGAAGAAAUUAUCAAAUGUGCUGACCAAAGGCUCGAGAUAUCUCACUCCCAGAUUGCACAUUUAGAAGAAAGAAAUACAUAUUUGGAAGGUUUAAUUAGGAGGCCCAGAGAAAAAGCCAGAAAAUCAAGACCAGGAAGAUUAGAAAAUCGUCCAAAGUUCAUGACUGUGAUGCCAGCUAUUUUAGAAGGAAAUAGAAACGAUUUCAAUUAAACAAGACUGAAGAUGAAACAUUGAUCAUUUUUGUCAACUACUCCAGGAGCAGAGUCACUACUAAGUAUAAUACCCAGA